UCUCUGGCCAGGGUGGGUUACCGCUGCCGCGCAUCGCCACUCGAGCGAGAUCACAGAGCUACGACUGCCUGCGACGGCUCGGGUUACCCGGCCGCGGGUUGCAGAAGGAAUAUGAUGCCUGCUAAAGAGGCAUAAGGUCGGUAGGGAAUGAGAUUGGAAGCGAGUUCAGAGAUCACUUUGAAAUAAUCCAGAAUUAAUUUCUCCAUCUGUCUACAGGCUGUCUUGGGAGAGCAGGCUCUGGCUGGAGAGAGGAUGUUCAGGAUGCCCAGCUGUCUCCUAAAGCUGACCAGGGUGGUGCUGAGCCACAAGCCCUGGGCCCUGUUUAUCCUCAUCUUUGUGUUGGUAUCCUUCGCCUACAUCAAGUUGUAUUCGAGUGUCUGGGAGGACCCCAAGAGCAGAGGCCCUCCCUACAGCUUGUCUGCUGAAAUCAGCUGUGCUGACUAUGUGCCUUCUUCCCUCAACAUUGCUGGUGAGCCCUCUCCUUCCACAGCAAAUGUGUUUUUUGUGGAGACCUCGGAGCAAACUUCCCCAAGUUACCUCUUCUCAUGCUCUGUGGAGUCAGCGGCCAGGACACACCCUGCAUCAAAAGUCGUGGUGCUCAUGAAAGGCUUGACCAAAGGGAACGUCUCCUUACCCAAGCACUGGGCUUUCUCCUUGUUCAGCUGCUUCCCCAAUGUGGAAAUACGGCCCUUGGACUUGACAGAGCUCUUUUCUGGAACACCUCUGAAAAGGUGGUACUUAUGGCCUCUGAGGCAGUGGGAGCCUCAUUUUUUACCCGUCCUGUCUGACGCCUGCAGGAUUGUUCUCAUGUGGAAAUUUGGUGGCAUCUACCUGGAUACAGACUUCAUUGUGCUUAAGAACUUACAGAACCUCACCAAUGCCCUUGGGAUUCAGGAUGACAAGGAACUGAAUGGGGCCUUUCUGUCCUUUAAGCCCAAGCACAGGUUCAUGAAGCUUUGCAUGCAGGACUUUGUGCAGAACUACAAUGGCUGGAUCUGGGGCCACCAGGGCCCGGAGCUCCUAACUCGUGUCUUUAAGAAAUGGUGUUCCCUCAGGACUAUCAAGAGCACGAGGUGCAAAGGUGUGAGUGCUCUUGCCCCAGAAGUUGUUUAUCCUAUUCCCUGGCAGGACUGGAAGAAGUUGUUUGAGGCAGUCAGUGCCUUGGAGUUCCACAAACUCCUGCAGAACACCUAUGCCGUGCACAUAUGGAACAAACUGAGCCACGGGACCAAGUUAGAGAUCCCCUCCCAGGCUCUGCUGGCUCAGCUCUAUUCCCAGUUCUGCCCUGCCACCUACGCAAAGAUGAAACAGGACUCUGAAGAGUUGUCAAGGAGCGCAGUGUGACCUGUGGGCCCUUGGCUGCAGGGAUGUUCCUCAGACUGAAGGAAACUGAGUGCCUUUGACCUUCCCCAGAGCUGGCUCCUAGUCCUCAGCACAGGUGUUCUGUGUGACAGCUCUGUGGUUUUGUACCAUUGCUGAUAUCUGCCUCAGAUCCUUUGAGUUUCAAAUUUACAGCAGAACCUGAGGUCAGCCUCUCUUGCUGUCCUUCAGGAGACCUUUUGCUGCAGGGAAGGUUGACCUGGUUCAUCUGCGUCUCUCAGCUGGUCCUCUCUGGGUGAUCUCCAAUGGCUCCUCUUGUCAGUCCUGGCCUGAGCAGCCCCUUGUGAUGUUUCAACAGCUGUAGGGACCCUUGCCUUCCUCUGUGUGGCCUUGCUGAGUUUGUAAAUCACUGCCAGGCAGUGCCAAAGGGCACUAUUUGCUGGAGCUCAGAACGGAACUUCCUGGUGGCAAAGAUCAUUUACGCCUGGGGAAAUGCAUGACAAGUAUAUGAAGAUUACUUUUAGGAGCAAAAAACAUUUUAGAUCCAUGUGUGGCUCAGUGUGAAGUUCUUCCAAACUGAGAAAGUUCAAAUGAUGCUUCCUACUCCUUCCAGUUCCACAGCUGUGGGAUGAUAUUUUUUUCUGGGCCUCCUCAGGAAAAGAAAUAGACAAAAGCACUUCUUUUGGAAGCAGAAUUUAUAAAGAUCCUUGCUCUGCUGCAGUAAUUCUAGUAGGAUACCAGCAUCUAACCAGCCAUUGUCACAGUCCAGAGGGUCUCAGCAUUGCCUGUUUCUGCAGUGCUGUGAGGAGGAUGAUGUCCCUUUCAUUGGAAUAUUGAGCCCAUUGUGGAAGUCCAGAGGACAACAGGUCCACAUGCACAGAAGGACCAGGUCCAGGACUCAGAGCAGAGUCCCCAGUGACAGAAACAGAAACUCAGAAGCACAUGAAGGUUGGAAAAGACCUCCAAGAUCAUCGAGUCCAACCUUCAAUUCAGUAUAACCAUAUCCACUAGCCUUUAUCCCCAAGUGCCGUGUGUACUCAUUUUUUGGAGCACUUCCAGGAAUGGUGACUCCAGCACUUCCCUGGGGAGCUGGUGGCACACAGUGCUUAAGCACUCUGAAGUUUUUUCCUCAUAUCUCAGCUGAACCUACCAUGGUGCAGGGAGUGCUGCAUCCAGCCCUGGGAUCCCAGCACAGGAAGCUGCUGGAGCCAGGCCAGAGCAGGGACACCAAGGGCAGCACAGGGAUGGAGCAGCACUGCUGGGAGGAAAGGCUGAGGGAAUUGGGAUGGUUCAGCCUGGAGAGGAGAAGGCUUUGGGGUGACCUCACUGUGGCCUUGCGGUGCCUGAAGGAGCCCACAGGAAAGAUGGAGAGAGACUCUUGGCAAGGGCCUGCAGUGACAGGACAAGGGGCAAUGGCUUCACACUGACAGAGAGCAGGGUUAGAUGGGAUAUGAGGAAGAAAUUGUUCCCUGUGAGGGUGGUGAGGCCCUGGCACAGGUUGCCCAGACCAGCUGUGGCUGUCUCAUCCCUGGCAGUGUCCAAGACAGGGUUGGACGGUGACUGGAGCAAGCUGGGAUAGUGGAAGGUGUCCCUGCCCAUGACAGGAGGGGUGGAACAAGAUGAUCUUUAAUGUCUCUUCCACCCCAAACCAUUCUAUUGAUUUUUCCCCUCGUCCUGUCCCUUCUUCCCUGAGAGCAGAACCUCAUCCCCACCUGGCUGUGCCCUCCUCCCCUCUCAGAGAGUUGUGGAGAGGCGUAAGUCUUCCCGAGCCUCCUUUUCCUCCAGGUUAAACACCCCCAGCUCCCUCAGCUUCCAUUCAUCAGACUUGUGCUCCAUCCCCUUGCCCAGCUCUGUUCCCUUCCCUGGACACGCUCCAGCCCCUCAGCGUCCAUCCUGCAGUGCCAGGCCCAGAACUGGACGCAGCCCUUGGGCUGAGGCCUCGCCGUGACAGGGGGACAGUCACUGCCCCGGUGCUGCUGCCCGCUGCCCUGCUGACCCAGCCCGGGAGCCACUGGCUUCCUGCCCACCCGGGCGUGCACUGUGCUGGCUGUGCACCAUGGAGCAGAGGCCCAGGCCCUCUCCUGCUGGGCUCUUCCCAGCCACUCUUCCCCAGCCUGGAGCUGCUGGGGGUUGCUGUGACCCAGGGGCAGGAUGUGGCACUUGGCCUUGUUGAACCUCAAAGAUAUGAAACAGGACUGGCCCUGACAGUGGUCCCUGGGGUACAGCACCAGGGACGUGCUGCCAGCUGGAUUAAUUCCACCACCACUCUCUUGGCACCGCCACCCAGGCAGUUUUUUUCCCUGCAAACAGGCAACCAGUUAAAUCUGUGGGCUGCAAGGACGAGGUUCUUCAGGAGAAUGCGGUGGGAGCAACGAUCAAAAAGGCUUUCCUGGACGCCCAGGUGCACAACAUCCACAGCCCUUCCCCAUCCAUCAGGUGUUCAUAGAAGGAGGUUGGGUCAGCCAAGCAGGACCUGCUUCAGCCCCUGCUGGCUGGGUCUGAUGCCCCAGUGGUGCAGCACACAUCGCGUGGAUGCAGUCCAGGUGAUCUGCUCCAUACCCUUCCCGGGCACCGAGGUCAGGCUGACAGGCCUGUGGCUCCCCCGGUUGUCCUUGCAAGCCUUCUCCAUUGGGUGUCACAUUGUCCAUCCUCUGGUCACCCAGGAGCUCUGCAGUUAACCAGGGCAGCUGAUAAACGAUGGAGGGUGGAGCUGUGUGAGCUGCUUCACCAGCCCCCUGCACAGCCGUGGGAGGAAGGAUGGCAUCUCCCUAGACUUGUGCAUGUCUGGGCAGCACAGCAGCUCACUAACAACUUCUUCCUGCAGUGUGGGGACUUCAUUCUGCUCUCUGUUUCUGUCUUCCAGCUCAGGGGGCUGGAUAUGCAGAGGGCAACCGGGCUUUCAGUUAAAGGCUGAGGUCAAGAAGGCAUGGAGUACCUCAGCCUUUUCCUCAUCCCUGAAGGUUGUGUUCCCACCCAGCAUGCAAUAAAGGAUGGAGAAUCUCCUUGGCUUCUUUUUGUUAUUAAUGCAUUUGGAAAAGCAUUUUUUCUUAACUUUUAUGCCGGUGGCCAGACUGACUUCUAGCUGGACUUUUACCCUUCUAGUUUUCUCUCUUUGCUCUGUCAUGAUUAACUUAAUGACGUUUUUG